UCAGUUUAUAGAAUCAACAACAACCCACAAUUCCCACCAUGAGAACUUUUCUAGUGAUCUGUUGCCUGGCUCUGGCCGGUUUAGCUCCUGCAGCCCUGGCCCGCAUCAUGGAUCGCUGCUCCCUGGCACGGGAGAUGUCCAAUCUGGGUGUGCCUCGGGACCAGCUGGCCCGCUGGGCCUGCAUCGCCGAUCACGAGAGCUCCUACCGCACCGAUGUGGUGGGGCCGCCCAACUCGGACAACUCCAAUGACUACGGCAUCUUCCAGAUCAACGAUCUGUACUGGUGCCAGCCGGAGGGCGGUAAAUUCUCCCACAACCAGUGCGGCCUCAGCUGCAAUGCUCUCCUGGACAACGACAUCACCCAAUCUGUGAGAUGCGCCCAAAAGGUGCUCUCCAUGCAGGGUUGGCCCGCCUGGUCCGUCUGGCACUUCUGCAGUGGCGAUCUGCCACCCAUUGACAAUUGUUUCUAGGUCUUAACAUGUGGAACAUGAAAACCCCAUCCUGAGGAUUGUACGCCGAAUAAAGAUUUCGGGAGGCA